CACCCAAGACUGCCAACACUUCCAAACCAACCAAGACUGAUAAAGGCAUUACACCUGGUGAUGAAGAAAAACGCCUGAAAUUAGUCAAUCUUUGUAUGAGGCUAUGAAACUCUGUCUUACACGGUUCCCGCAACACUACAAGUCCCUUUACAGAUUGUCAAGAUUCUAUCUGUAUGCAGAAACACAUAAAAACAUUCAGUGGAGUCGAGAUCUCUUGAUGGGAACCAGUUAUCUGCCCUGGUAUCAAUACAAACACAUGCCUGCUCAGGGCCUCUUUGCUGAACGCAAUAAAAGCAAUUUCUUCAAUGGAAUAUGGAGAAUACCUGUAGAAGAAAUUGAUAGACCUGGCAGUUUCCCUUCUCACAUGCACCGUUCUGUCACGUUAUUACUGGAGGUGUUGUUGAAAAAUAAGGAUUACAAAGCUUUGUUUCAAGUUUCCUCACAGUUACAGAGAACCCCAGACCAAGGAAAGAAAUACCUUCGUGAUGUGGACCGAAUACUUCUAGCAAAAGUUGCCUACGAUAACGUACUGGCUGUGAUCAAAGGGAAGUUGGAGAGGAUGGACAAAGUCAACCACUGUGAGGACGAAGCGCUUCAGUUAUUAUUAGAGUCAUAUAGAGUAUGGCAAUAUGGAUCGGCAAAACUACAAACACAGAUGGAUACCGCUAACAGGGUUUUAGGAUUGGCAUAUACAGUGUACAAAAGAAACCAGUUAUCAGAUAGUAGUUCUCCUUUGGAGCAAGCUAUAAGAUACUGUUCUGGAUACAGUUCGCUGCAUAGACAGCCACAGACUCCAACAUACGGCGAUUUUAGUUUGCAUUUUCCAACCAAAGCCACAGGGAAGGAAGAUGCGGAUGUGUCCUCGCAGAAGAAAUCGGAUCAAUUGGUAACACCCUCAGAUGAACCCAAGUCUAAUAAAAGGAAACUGGAAGCCAUCGAUAUUGUUGCUGCACUAGAGUCAAGCUCGAGUAAGAAAAGUCAGGAUGUUGUAAUGAAGACUCCAGAGAAGACGAGCUCUAGGAGUCCCACAUUCUCCUCAUCACCAGGCUUGAAAUUGUUACAAAAAGCUGCUACUUCAUUUCAAGAGAGUUUCAUAGCUAGUCAGGCUUUAGCAAAAAGUUUGAGUCCUGUGAAAUUGACACCCAGUCCAACAUUAACUUCAGCUCAAGUCCUUACCACCAUUCCAACAGUUACUACUAGCCAAAGUAAAGUUUCGUCUCUUGCCGAUAGCAAGAAGGAACAGGGCGCUUUGUCUAGUCAAUCCAAGCACUCAUUGAGCGUACCUAUUACAACCACAGAUUCAGCAAAACCCCCAUCUAACACUACACCUGAUGUCCAAUCUCCAAGCUCUGGAUAUAAGUUUAAGGGACCCCCAAGUGUUGUCAGUGCUCCACCAAUGAAGGCUCUCCCUGGUGGACAUGUCAGUACUUCAAAAUUGGAUUCCCCUAGUGCUGCGGUUAAUGUUCUACCUGACCACAAAGCUGGCAGUGCCAUUAUGCCUCCAUACAAUCCUAGACCCUACACCUCGGCCUUUACAGCUUCUGAGGAGUAUAGACCCCCUAGCACUACUGUUAUUGUUUCACCAGCAUCUUCCAGUGAUGCUGCGAGCAUUUUGCAAGCCCAUGGACCCCUAAGCUCAUCAGUGAGUCCAAGUAGACCCCCUAGUCAAAGCAGAAUGGCCCAAGCUUCUCCUAGUAAAGUUGGUUUCGCUGGGCUUUCAGCCAAACAGCUGUCAGGGAUAGCUGAGAGUCGAGACUUUGGCUCUUGGUAA